CCGGACCCCCGUGUGCCCCCCGUGUGCCCCCCGGCAGGAUGCUCUUCUCCCUGCGUGAGCUCGUGCAGUGGCUGGGAUUCGCCCAGUUCGAGGUUUUUAUUCACGUCUUGGCUCUGUUCGUUUUCUCGGUUCUUCUGGCCCUCCGGGUGGACGGCUUCGUCGGCCUGAGCUGGUGGCUCGUUUUCACGCCGUUGUUUGCCGCCGACGGCCUGAGCACGUACUUCACCACCAUCGUGACGGUGCGCCUGUUCCAGGACGGGGAGAAGCGCCAGGCGGUCCUGCGGCUGCUCUGGAUCCUCACCCUCCUCAGCCUGAAGUUCGUCUUCGAGAUUCUUCUGUGCCAGAAGCUGUCGGGGAACACCAAGGAGCUGUGGUUCGGACUCAUCCUGUCGCCGGCGUUCAUCCUGCUGCAGCUCGCCAUGAUCCGAGCCUGCAGGGUGAACUAGAGCCGCGGCGCAGCGCCGAGCGCAUGGCUACUCAUUAACCCUUUAUUAUCAUGUCUGUUCAUAGCUGCUAAAAAUAAACGCUUGUUUCCGCCUUUU